AUGGGAAGUUUCUCAGUACUCCCACUGGCAGCAAGAAGGCUAGAAGGAAAAGUAGCAGUAAUUACAGGUGGGGCUAGCGGCAUUGGUGCAUCCACCGCAAGACUAUUCUCUAAACAUGGAGCUAAAGUUAUAAUCGCAGACAUCCAAGAUGAAUUGGGUCACUCUAUAUGCAAAGAACUAAAUCCUCAAUCCACAACCUUCGUCCAUUGUGAUGUCUCCAAGGAAACUGACGUGGAAAAUGCUAUUAACCAUGCUGUUUCCACGUACGGCAAGCUAGACAUUAUGCAUAACAAUGCUGGUAUUAGUGGAGAAGUCAAAUACAACAUCCUUGACAACACCCAGGCUGAUUUUGAGCAUGUGCUUAGAAUCAAUGUGGUAGGUGCUUUCCUUGGUACCAAACAUGCAGCCCGUGUGAUGAUCCCGGCUCGCAAAGGCAGUAUAAUCAAUACUGCUAGCGUAUGCUCAAUCAUAGGAGCAGUUGGACCGCAUGCCUACACAAGCUCAAAACAUGCUAUGGAUGGAUUAAUGAAAAAUACCGCAGUGGAGCUUGGACAUUUUGGCAUCCGUGUGAACAAUGUGUCACCCUACGUUGUUCUUACACAAAUGGCUAAGGAUGGAAUGAAUCUGGAUGAGGAUGGAGCUUCCCGUCUUUAUUCCAACCUCAAGGGUAAAUUUCUCAAGCCAGAGGAUGUGGCUGACGCUGCACUCUUUCUUGCAAGUGAUGACUCAAAAUAUGUGAGUGGACAUAAUCUUGUUCUAGACGGAGGCUUUAACGUUGUGAAUUCAGGUUUUUGUAUGUAUCCACAAUAA